AUGCCGCCCUCCUCCACCCUCAUCAACAAACUCAAAGUCCAACUCAAACUCUCCAUCUCGCGCCUCCGCAUGGUGCAGCAAAAAGACGCCGCGCUCGCCAAACAAGCCCGCCGCGACAUGGCGCAACUGCUCGAAGCCGGCAAGAUCGAAUCGGCGCGCAUCCGCGUCGAGAACAUCAUCCGCUCCGACCUCAACACGGAACUCCUCGAAAUCAUCGAACUCUACUGCGAACUCCUGACCGCGCGGGUCGGGCUCAUGGAGGCGAAAGAGGUGGAUCCGGGGCUCGAGGAGGCCGUGAAGAGUAUCAUCUACGCGGCGCCGCGGGUGGAAGGGGUCAAGGAGUUGGGGAUCGUGCGGCAGUUGUUGGGGGAGAAGUAUGGGAAGGAAUUUCUGCUGGGGGCGAUGGGGAAUGAGGAUGGGAAGGUUCCCGAGAGGGUGGUGAAGAGGCUGGCGGUCGAGCCGCCGGGGAGGGAGUUGGUGGAGGCGUAUCUGGGGGCUAUUGCGGAGGCUUAUGGGGUGGACUAUCCGCCUGGGGCGAGGAAGAAGAGGGAGGAAGAGGAGAGGGCUGCGAGGGAACAGGAGGAUGAGGAUGAUGAUGAUGAUGAUGAACAUAAUCCUUCUGGCGGACAGAAAGUUGCGUUGGAAGAGGCGCUUACGACGGAGGAACUGAGCAAGGCUACCCCUCCAAGGGAUCUGGGGGGCCCGAAGAGUCCCGUCUCGGUGGUGCCGCCGAGCCCGCGGACGGAUAACGUGAGGCCCAAGGUCAAUUUACCCGGUACGCCGGAGGGGACGCCUUCGAAGAAUAAGACGGCGGAUCCGGCGAAGGCGAAGAAUGUCAAUGGGGCGAAGAGAAGGGAUGACGGGCCUGGAGGCACGAUUCCGGACGUCGAUGAGUUGCAGAAGAGGUUUGCGCAAUUGAAGAGGUAG